UUUCUGUACAUACAUACCUCCACCGUCAAAACUCACCUCCCUUUGUCUAGAAAUCUCCAUUACCCUCAAUAUACUCUUUCAUUUGCACUUUUUCCCUCUCUCUCAUAAUUUCACCAACCAGCUUGAGUAGAAGUGAAGGUUAAUCCAUCCUUUUCUCAUAAUUUCUCGAGAAUACUGAGCUAAUCAUGGCUGUUUUCGCGGUUGGUUUAGUGUUCAUCUUAGCCUUGGCUGGCUAUUCAGAUGCAAGUUACUGUGUGUGCAACAGUGGUCUAAGUGACAGUGUUCUUCAGAAAAAUAUAGACUAUGCUUGUGGAAAUGGAGCUGAUUGUGCAGCAAUUCAACAAAAUGGGGCUUGCUAUAACCCUAACACUGUUAAGGAUCACUGCAGUUAUGCUGUGAAUAGCUAUUAUCAGAAGAAGGGAAAUGCUCCAAUGAGCUGUGAUUUUGGAGGGACUGCAACUGUCACUUCUAAUCCUCCUAGUGUAUCAUCUUCAUCAUGUGUCUAUCCUUCUGGUGCUAGCAAUGCUGGUGGCGCUACUCCAUCGACCACCCCUGCCACCGGAGGAACUUCAACCACUCUACCACCUCCGGCCUCUCCAACCACAGUAGGCAGCACUUUCCCAGGCGGGAGUGGUGUCCCUGGGUCGCCCAUGACUCCUGGUUUUGGCCUUGCACCAACGGGGACGGGAGCUGGAUUUGACAAUGCUGGUGUCAAGCUUUUUGCGUAUCGAAGCAGCACUUUCAUGCUUGCUGCUGCAGUGAUCUUCAUAUCUGCCCUCUUUUGCCCAACGAUGUGAUGAGAACCCUUGAGUUGUGCAAGAUUCUCCGGGCCUGAGAGGUGGAGAAACGGACGGUCCGACAUCGACUACACAAACAAAGUGAUUCUCCUUUUGUGUUUUUUGUUUUCUUUGAAAAAGGAAGGGUUGGGGAAUCUGAUGCUGCUAUUGUGGCUGUUUUGUUGGGGUAGAAUGUGGUCUCUCACCUGUUUACAUUUUUGUGUAUACAAUCUUAGAUUAGGGACCCGAAUAUGAUGCUUUAUUAUCUUUUUCAAAUUUUAUUACGAUUUUGAUACUCUA